CCGCCUUUGUGCCCUACUAUUCUUGAUUGUAACUCUACAUAUAUGUUUAUAUUACUUUAAGGUGUACAAUAAAGAUUAUUAUUAUUAUUAUUACUACCAAACAUAUUUCUCAGUUCGCAUUAUUUUCGAAAAGGAGGUAUUUUUUUUUGUUUACUAAAUAAGUAUUGGAACGGUGCGUAAAAAUGUAUAACCCUGAACCGCACGUGUAUCAAUAGCCUUACUGGUUUUAUAAAGUUAAGAAUAUGAAUAUGGCUCAAUCCUAAAUUUAUACAGUCGAUCGUUAGUAACUGUACACUUAUCAACGCAGCAACAUGUUCCUCACAGCCGUUUAUUAUUUAUUGCUGAUCGUAUUUAACUUAUAUAUAGCAAUAUGUCUGCUAACAUUAUUGGGGCUCCUAUACUACAAGAUUCGAAUAGAAUCCGUAAAAGGUGUGUGUAAAUCCAAUGCAAGACUCGACGGGAAGAUCGCCCUAGUGACCGGAGGGAACCAGGGCAUCGGUCUAGAGACUGCAAGGGAGCUCGCAGCCAGGGGAGCUAGAGUAAUCAUCGCCUGCCGUGGUGCAGAGAAGUCGGCAGAAGCGAUACAGGACAUCGUGGCCACAACAGGAAACAAGCAAGUCGAGUAUAUGCACCUAGAUCUGUCGAAAUUCAGCAGCAUCAGGAAGUUUGCUGCAGAUUUUAACAAUAUCUAUGACCGGCUAGACAUCUUAGUGAACAAUGCAGGCCGUGGUGGCGAUAAACCUAAGUACACUGUGGAUGGAAUCGACUUCGUGAUGCAAGUCAAUUAUUUCGGACCAUUCUUGCUCACAAAACUGCUGACUGAAAAACUCAUCGCUAGCAAACCAAGUAGGAUUGUCAUAGUGUCAUCUAUAUUGCACUUCUUCGGGAACAUAAAUGUCGAUACGUUGGACAAAAUAGUCGGGCACAGCUUGAAAGCAAUGUUUUAUAACUACAACAACAGCAAGCUGUGUGGCGUGCUGUGGGCCAAGGCGUUAGCUAAGAAACUGCCGGAGGAAAUAUCAGUGAACUCUUUACAUCCCGGUUUGGUCAGAACGAAUAUAUUCAACAAACUGCCUCCUUGGUUUCGUAAAGUAUUUAUGUUUCUUUGUGAUUUACUGAACUUCAAGACGCCUAAAGAAGGAGCGCAGACAGUUGUCCACCUGUGUGUCGCUGAAGAGGUGCAGAAUGUGCGAGGGAAGUAUUUCUCGGAAUGCUGUGAAGUGAAACACAAGGGGCUAGCUAACAAUGAAGAUCUCGUGGAAAGAGUUUGGAAUAAAAGUGUAGAACUGACUAGUUAAAUUAACUAUCGCAUAAAACAAAAAGAUUCCGGUAUAUGUAAAAUUGGAGGAAACUAAUUGGUACGUCAUAUAGAGAUAGUUUUUAGUGAAAAUUUCGGUGUAGGAUAAGGAAUUGUUUAUCUUAUUUAUAGUGUUACUGUUGGCAUCAAGGGAUAUCAUGUAGAAUCCACCUUGUUUACCCCAAAGUGGAAAAUCCUAAUGGCACUCCCUCGAUUGGGGAGGACGAAGGGGACUGUCGGACUCUUAUUGACAGACGAAGGUGCUCCGUUAAUUCCACGACGAUUCAAGAGGUAUUUGAAAUCGAGCAUAAAAGAGGUAACUAGGUAGGAUUCUAUGGAUCUUGGUCAAUGCCAUGUAAUACUUAAUAAUAGCUACGCAAGAUAUAAAUAUUGUUAUCAGAAUAAUAAUUGCUAAUUGCAUUUUUAACAACAUUUCAACAACACUUAAUCUAUUGAGUAGAUAUUUUCAUAUGUAUUUUGUUAUGUACUUACAGUAACAGUACAAAACAAAACCCUAAAUUAAUAUCGAAAUAUAAAUAUUUUGAAGUUUUGCCCCGUUUUUGUUUAAAAUUAAAGUGCAAACAACA